GAGGAUGAGUGGUGCAGGAGGAGGAGUCACCAAGAGCUGAUGCUAUAAAACUGCAAACUGAAAGAUGUGCUACUAGUGGAGCUGCGCAACCAUAAACUUCGACCCAGUGAGAAGCUGAUUCAUUGAAUUGAAUAAAAUGGGAGAGUCUGAGUCCAAACCUUCUCCACCACCACCAUGUACACCUUCUGCACCACCUCCACGUACACCUUUUCCACCAACUCCAUCAUCUCCAGAAUUUAAUAAUCCAUGGAGGUCAAUGCCUUGGGGGAAAAAAGACACUUUAGAAGAGAAACUGAGGAACUUUAAGCUCAGCUCUCCUCAUGUUAAGUAUGUCAGGAUUCUGAUCGUUGGUGAAGUUGGAGCAGGAAAAUCCAGUUUUAUAAAUUCAGUCAAUAAUGCUUUCCAAAAGCGAAUCACCUGUGGGGCUCUUGUUGAUGCAACAUCUGGAACCAGUUUCACAAAAGUUUACAAAACUCAUUAUAUCAAGGGGAAGGACGGCUCCCGUUUGCCUUUUGUCUUCAAUGAUAUCAUGGGACUUGAACCUGAAAAAGAACACGGAGCACAUGUACAGGACAUUGUCUCAGCCAUAAAGGGGUCUCUUGAGGAAGGACACAAAUUUAAUCCAGUUAAUCCUGUGUCCGAGAAUGACUCCAACUACAAAAGCAAUCCCACAGUUUCUGAUCAAACCUUCUGCCUGGUCAACGUUCUAGCAGCAGACAAAGUGUCACUCAUGAACAAAACGGUUAUUCAAAAGCUGAAAGAGAUCCGUGAGAACGCUUCAAAGUAUAAUUUGCCUCAAGUAAUUGUCAUGACCAAAGUGGAUGAGCUCUGCCCACUGGUUAAAAAAGACAUAAAAAAGGUCUACACCAGCAAGAAGGUCAAACAAAAGAUGCAAGAGUGUAGUAAUUUGUUGGGUGUUCCAAUGAGCUACAUCUUCCCUGUGAAGAACUACCACGAGGAGGUGGACACAGACGAUGACAUGGAUGUUCUGAUCCUCAAGGCACUUGAUCAGUUUGUGAAUAUUGCCAAUGAUGCUCUGACAGAACAAACCUCUGGUGACAAAUCAGAGUGAAGAGUUUUUUCACUCCAAAGAUCACAGCAUCCUGGACAGGAUGAACAGGCCAGCAACUACAGGAACAUUAAGAAACAUUGUGUCAUAGAAAACCUGUAAUGUAGAUAUUAUUAUUAAAGUAAAGCUCAUUUCUUCUACUUUCAUCAUAACUGGUUUGUGUUUCUGAUUACUGCCAUUGUCACUGAGGUAUGCUUACUUUGGACUUAUAAGUAACUUUUUUAUAUACCAUUAGUUGAAUGAAUACAUAAAUCAAUUCAAACAAAUAAAUAAAUAAAUGAAUUU